GGCCCAUCUAUCUCUCCAGUCUCCACCCACCCCGCGAUUCAGAGUACCCGUCUUGCGGCGGCGAAACCCGUCGAGGCGAUGUCCGACCACCAGGCAAAGCGGCCGUCCGACGCAGCCGCGGCCGCCCCGGCGGCCAAGCGCGCCCGCGCCCAGGCUGCCCCGGUGUUCCCCACAUACAAGGACGCUCCCGACCUACCCCCCAAGAUCCGUCUCCUCUGCGAGAUACUGGCCUCCCCCGCCACCGAUGUCGAGGCGGCCCUCGACGACGCCGCCGUCCGCGUCACCACCUCCGACGUCGAGCAGGUGCUCCGCUUCUCGUACGCGCACCCGCGGGGCGCCGCCGCCUUCUUCCGAUGGGCGGGCCAUCGCCACCUGCGCCACCAGCACUCCCCCUACUCGUGGAACCUCGUCAUCGACCUCCUCGGCAAGAAUCGCCUGUUCGAUCCCAUGUGGGACACCGUCUCCUCCAUGCGGUCCCAGGGCCUGCUCUCCCUCGCCUCCUUCGCCUCCGUGUUCUCCUCCCUGGCGGCCGACCCAGUCAGCUCCCCCCUCAAGGCGUUUGUGGAUAUGCCCAAGUAUGGCAUGGACCGCGACACGCCCGCGCUGAACUCCCUCCUCUCCGCACUCUGCCGUGCCUCCAGGCUCGAUGAUGCCCGUGCUGCGAUCCCUGUGGCACGUGCCGAGGCCAGCACUCGGCCGGACGCUGACUCCUACGCCAUUCUUCUCGAGGGUUGCGAGGCUGCUGGCGACCCUGCCGUUGCACGUGAGGUGUUUGACGAAAUGGUGCGCCAUGUCGGCUUUGAUCCUGCCAAUGUGCCUGCGUACGACUCUUUCCUUACAACACUUGUUUCAAGUAGCUCCACCACAGCGCUGACGGAGGCAAUGGACUAUCUAGCUGUCUUGCGCCGGUAUAGGUGUUCACCGGGGGAGAAGUUCCUCCGUGCUGCAUUGGCUGCGCACCUGAAGGCACAAGACUUACGGGGUGCGCAGGUGCUCUGGGAUGACUUUGUUGUUCGUCUGGGGCUCAUCCCAGAUAAGGAAAUGUAUAGCUCGAUGAUCAUGCUGCAGGGCACUCUGGGGCAUGCUGAGGUUAUUGUGGAGUAUGUUGAUGACAUGGCCUUCUAUGGAGUGUUUCCUGACGCCGACACAUACAACAUGGUGCUCAAGUUAUUGUUGAAGGGGAGGAAGCUCCGGGAGGCAUCUGCAAUAUUUAGAGAAAUGGUCAAGAACGAGUGUUGGCCAAAUGAGGCAAAUUGUUCGCUUGCACUUCGCAUGUUCCUGGAUACUCGUGAUUGGGAGACGGGGAUCAAGGUGUGGAACUGCAUGGUGGCGAAUGGCCUGCCUCCGUUGGAGGAGAGUGGGAAUAUGCUUGUGUCAAAGCUGAAGGAUGAGAUGCUGCCUGAGGCUUGCAAGUAUGCAGAGGACAUGAUUGAUCAAGGUAUCAAGGUGAGCUCGUCAACACUCGGAAAACUGAGGCUGUGCCUGGUAAAGGUCAAAAAAGGGGCAAUUCAUGACCGCUUGCUUACAAAAUGGAAGGCACGCUAAGUCAUUUCUGGGUUAUGUAGGAUUGGGACCAGGAGUUAACUUCUGUCUGGCAUGUGGCAAUGCAAUAUCUGAAAACUGUAACAAAAAAAAAAUUGUGCUACUUCUGAAAUAUUCUAGUGGGUGAGUAUCUGACUUUUGGUAUAAUGUUAAUUCUGAGAAUCCACUGCAGUUUUAAUGUCAGGGCUUCUGAGCUAUUUUACUAGAUAAAUAUUUGACUUA